AAUUCCCAGUGCUACCUUUUGUGAUGUCAUCCCUUAGAGGAAGUCGGACCCAGAAGGUGAAGCGACCCAUUUAUACACGAAAGGGACCACUGGAGGUGCCCUCCCCAUCAGAGAAGGACUGGUCUAAGGCUGAUGAAGAGGAUUAUGGGUUCAAUGAUCUGGAUCAGGAGCAGGAUUGCCUGCCUCAGCCUUAUCGGAUGAUCAACAAGCUGGUAAACCUUCUGGUUGACCGGUCAUGGGAAAUUAUUGAGGAGAGGGAAGCCUCAAGGGAAGACAAGCUCAGUCAGAUCCAGCCCACCAUCUACUCUCCACUUGUAGAAAUCAAGCUCAGCACAAUGCCAAAUUGCAUAGCUAUUUCCCAAGACUAUAUGUUUAUUGGAGGAGCUAGAGGAUUCUCAAUCUAUCAUCUGUACAAUGCCAAACGAAUAUGUGCUUGGGAGAAACUUAAAGUUGAUGUCACUUCCAUCUGGGCCACAGAUUUGGGGAGUGAAAUACUUAUUGCUACUGUGGAUGAAAUGGGUAUUAUUAGACUGUUUUAUUUUCAUAAGGAAGUUCUUUUCCUGAUCAAAACCAUCAAUGAAGCGGAUGAUGCCAGCAAGCAAACCACCUGUGUAAAGAUGGAGGUCUCUCACGGAGGGGACUUUGCAGCCUUCCUCCUACAAGGAUCCGGAGAUGUUUGGCUGGAUGUGUAUAAAUUGCCCAAGGAGUCUUGGCUCAAGGAAGUGGAGCACCCCCUCAACACCGUAAAUCUAAAGAAAAAAACCAAACCGCCGCAACUGAACAGUACUGAUCACAUAGCUGCAGAUCAUUUAGAAAUGGAUGUGAAUGCUGUUUUUAAAGGAGAUGCUAAGUUGAGCCAUCCAGUUUACAUAAUGAAGAUUAAACCACCUAAACCAGUCACAGGCACCACAUUUAAAAGCCCUCUGGAAGUCUUUGCAAAGAUAGAGGAUUGCUGUGGGCUAGGCUCCGGGCAGAACCACUUCAUCAAGGACAGUCAGUGGGAGCAGCAAGCGGCCAUCUUCCACGCUUCAUACAAGAAGUAUCUGGAUGGGGAAUGGGAAGAGGAGCCGCUCAGUGUGGCCACGUUCCAUUUUCUCCUUCCUAGCUGCGUAUUUGCAAUGCCAGCAGAAGUCAAGAGCUCUUCAGGGGCAGCCUGUAUCCUUGGCGUACAUUGGACUGGAAGUCAUAAUUUCUUCCUCUACUCACUUCACCGAACUCUGAAGGAUAAAGUUGACCCCGAAGGUGUGUGGCCAUGUGCAGCACCCAUUGUAGCCUCUGCUCUCAGCAGCUCCUGCUCCUACCUGGUGCUGGCAUGUGAGGACGGUGUGCUCACACUGUGGGACCUGGCUGAAGGUUUCCCUCUUGGGGUUGUUGCUCUUCCCGAUGGAUGUUUCUGCCAAAGCAUUCACUUCCUAAACUACUUCUUGGUCCACAAAAGACGGAACGUGUAUCCUGAGGGUCAAGUGAAAUCCAAAAUGAAAUGUGUGGUGCUAUGCACAGAUGCCUCCCUCCAUCUGGUGACAGCCAACGGGACCAAAGGACCCACCAUCAGUGUGCUUGUUGAGAGGCCUGUAAAGCACCUGAAUGAAACCAUCUGUGCAGUGGCCCCGGUCCCAGCCUUACCUGGCAUGCUGCUGAUCUUUUCCUGGAACGGCUCUGUGCGCCUCAUGGAUGUGGCCAAGUCUGAAAUCCUCUGUGCCUUUGCUCCGCCCAGAUCCUACCACCUGGCAGUCCCCUGGAAGCCAGUAUUUGUUGUGUCUUUACACCAUCCAUGUUUCCUGCUUCGAGGAGACCAUCCAGAUGAAAUUGAAUGCACCAGCAAUGCCAAGAAGAUCAGAAAUUCUAUUUUCUAUUUUAAUUUCGAGGCCUACCCACUCCUGGAAGAGAUCUCAGGAAACUGCACCAUUCCUCAGAGUGACUUGACAGAUAACAAGGCCUUCUCCGAGACGCUGCCUUUGGAGAAGAGAUGCGAGCACUUCCUCCAGAAGAGGUUUGAGAAGGUGAAGAAGAACACGAUGAGAGAUCAAGAGCACUGGGCCCGGCUUCAGAAGUACUCCUUGAUUCUCCAAAGAGAGGGCUUUAUGAAGUGA